AAGUCCUAGCAAACGGGGCGAUGCAUGUUUUCAUCUUUAUAUAAAUAAAUGCUAUGGGAUAACAUAGCGUCCGCGUUAUCUUAAAGUGCUGUCUCUCACCUUGUCUGAAGAGAACAACCAAACAAUACUCUCAUCUCAUCUCAUCACAUCUGCUGCAUAAGAAAAAUGGGUGAUUCAAGAUUUGGCACCCAAUGCUGUUAUCUUCUACUUCUAGGCUGCUUGUUGUUCUUCAGAGCAGAAGGAGGUAGCAUUCCUAUUACCAUUGUUGAAAGUGCAAAAGCUAGAGGAGCUGUUUGCUUGGAUGGAAGUCCACCAGCUUACCACAUUGAUAGGGGAUUUGGCUCUGGGAUUAACAACUGGAUAGUUCACAUGGAGGGAGGAGGAUGGUGUGAUGAUGUAAAGAGCUGCCUAGAAAGAAAGAACACCUACAAGGGUUCAUCUUUGAAAAUGGAGAAGACAAUGGGUUUCUCUGGCAUACUAGGGAAAAAGCAAGCAGCAAAUCCUGAUUUUUACAACUGGAACAGAAUCAAGAUCAAGUACUGUGAUGGGUCAUCAUUUACUGGUGAUGUAGAAGCAGUUGAUCCAAAAACUAAACUAUUCUUCAGAGGAGAAAGGAUUUGGCAAGCUGUUAUAGAUGAUCUGUUGGCUAAAGGGAUGAAAAAUGCUCAAAAUGCUAUUCUUUCUGGGUGCUCAGCUGGUGGAUUGGCUGCUAUUUUGCAUUGUGACAAAUUCAGAUCUCUCCUUCCCCAAACUGCUAGAGUAAAAUGUGUUUCAGAUGCUGGUUACUUUAUUCAUGGAAAGGAUGUUGCUGGUGGGUUUGAAAUCGAAAACUUCUUCGGUCGAAUAGUUAGAUUACAUGGAUCAGUAAAGAGUCUUCCUCCAUCUUGCACGUCAGUAAUGAAACCAGAAUUGUGCUUCUUCCCACAAUAUGUAGCAAAGACAAUGCGGACUCCACUUUUUGUUAUUAAUUCUGGCUACGAUUUCUGGCAGUUGAAGAAUAUUAUGGCACCAAGUGCUGUUGAUCCUAAAGGUAACUGGAAAAGCUGCAAAUUUGACUUAAAGAAGUGCUCAGCUCCUCAACUCAAAACUGUGCAAGAUUUCAGGACACAAUUCCUAAAUGCAUUGAGCACUGGAGCUGGAAGCAAACCAUCAAAUGGAGUGUUCAUAAACUCAUGCUAUGCACACUGCCAAUCUGGGUCAGUUGCUACAUGGUUUGCCGACAAGUCUCCUGUAGUAGGAAAUACGAAAAUUGGAAAGGCAGUUGGAGACUGGUUUUACGAUCGAGCCAGCAUCCAGAAGAUUGAUUGCCCUUACCCUUGCAACCCAACUUGUGUGAAAGUUGAUUCUGAUUCAUAAGUCUAAAUUCAUAACAAAAGCAUACAAUUUCAUGACCUGAAAUGAGCUUAAGUAAGAGGGUGUUUAUGAUCUCUGUCUAGUUUUAGUAGUAAAUAAAGAAAAUGGACUCAAUAUUUAUGAAAUUGAUUGUAUUGGAAUCUAAAUUGAAUAAUAGCAUCAUCCUUUCUAGUGAUAACAAUUACUGGAUUUGUUUGCUUGUAAUUUCACAUUGUAAAGUGUUUUGUUAUUAUUUAUUCUGGCAUUA